AUGUCCAACCCUGGCGCUGUCAUCGCCGCCCUCGAGUUCUAUCCCUACGAUGCGGAUGGGGGCUUCUUCGACACCUCCGAAGGCAGCAUUGCUUGCCUCAACUGUGUGGUUUUGAGAACUCUGUCACGAAUCGCAACACACACAAAGCACUUGAACACCUCAUUGCCUUUCCAGCCAUGGCGUUGUCGACAGUUAACAGCUAUAACAAUCUGUCGCGAAAGUUCAAGUGGCAUAUCCAGCUUUGGACUUCUGAGUUCACUCAGACAAAAAGAACUGGGACCUCGAUAUGUCCAUUGA